AUGGGGAAAUAUAGAAAGAGGUUCAAUGAAAAGGCACGGUCCGGUAUGCUUGCAAAGCAAGCUGCCCUCCGGAAAGCCAGAAACAAGCAAUUUACCAGACAUGAAAAUGAAGGAUCUGAUGAAGAGGAAACUAAGGAAGAGACCAUCCCAACUGUUGAAACUCAAGAUUCUAAUGCUGAAAUUCUUAAACCAAUGACAGAAGAAGAGAAGCAGGAGAGAAAGAGAAAAUUAGAAGAAACUUUGUAUUCUGAGAAUUCUAAAGAAACUAAAAUGUCUAGAUCAAAGAAGAAGAGACUUGAUAAAUAUAUAAAUCAUCAAUUGAAGAGAGAAGAGAAGAAAGUUUUACUUGAGAAAUUAUCACAAACCAAGGUGGAUAGUAGUAUGUAUGCACCAUCUAAACUUCUUGGUACUGGUAAGCAAACAAAGAAGGAGCAACUCAUUGAAGCAUUAGAACUUGAAAGACAAGGCCGUGGUGAUGAAAACACCAGGGAUGUAUUAUAUGAAGAAAGAGUUGUUAAAGAUUGGGAAGAUGAACCGGAGAACUUCCCUAUGUCUACAGCAGCUCAAGAAGAUGCAUACGAUGAAGAUUCAAAAUCUUCCGAAUUCCCAGAAACUAAAAGUUCAUUCAUAGAUUAUAGACCAGCAAAGUUUGGAGGUAGUGGAACAGGAUUUGGAUUCACAGGAUUGCAAAAAAUUGAAAAGAGUGCUGUACCAAAGAAAAAGUAUAGUUGGAGAUUGAAGGUGGAACAAGAAGAAAAGAAGAGAGCAAAGAUUGAAGAUGAUGAGGAUUUCAUGAGUGAUGAAGAUGAAGAAGAAGAAGAAGAAGAGGAAGAAGCAGAAGUUGAAGAAGAAGAAGAAGAUGGAGAUGAAUUAGAGGAGGAGGAAGAAGAAGAAGAUGAAGAAGAGGAAGAAAAUCAAGAAGGUGAAGAAGUUGAAGCUGAUAGCGAAGUAGAAACUGGCGAUGUCGAUGAAGAAGCGGACUCAGACUCAGACUCAGACUCAGAAGACGACUCAGACUCAGAAGAAGACUCAGAAGAAGAAUCAGAAGAGGAAGAUGAAGAUACUCCAAGACUUUUACAAAAUAAACCAAAACAUUCUAAGGUAGCUGAAUCAUUUAAAGAAUGGGCAGAACAACAAGUUCGUAAACUCGAAGGUCGUGAAACCGAGAUGCUGCAACCAGAGCUUUCUGAAGAAUUGAAGCAACAACUUUCUGUUCCAACUAUGCACGAAGAGGAUUUCGACCACUCUUCUGACGAAGAAAAUUAUGUUCCUAUUAACAUUAACCUUAAGAGAGAAGCAUUUUUUGUUCAUGUUAAUCGUCCAGAUGAGAUUCAACAACUGAGAAUGCAACUUCCAGUGUUUGGCGCAGAACAUAGAAUCAUGGAAGCCAUUUAUCAUCAUGACUGUAUUGUUAUUUGUGGUGAAACUGGUUCUGGUAAGACUACACAAGUUCCGCAAUUUUUAUAUGAAGCAGGAUUUGGAAAUCCUAAAUCUCCAUUGCAUCCAGGAAUGAUUGGUGUCACUCAACCAAGAAGAGUUGCCGCUGUGUCUAUGGCUGAACGUAUUGGGAAUGAAUUAGGUGAUCAUGGACAUAGAGUCGGCUACCAAAUCAGAUUUGACAACACGAUUAAAAAUGAAGGUGGUGAAAAUGGUACUGCCAUGAAGUUUAUGACUGAUGGUGUUUUAUUAAGAGAAAUGAUGUCUGACUUUUUAUUGACAAAGUAUUCCGCAAUUGUCAUUGACGAAGCGCAUGAAAGAAACGUUAACACCGAUAUUUUAAUCGGGAUGUUGAGUAGAAUUUUGAAAUUGAGAAGGGAAUACCAUAGAAAAAACCCAGAAAAAUUCACUGUUCUUAAGCUUAUUAUUAUGUCUGCUACACUUCGAGUUUCCGAUUUCUCUGAAAAUAAGCUUUUGUUUAAGAACCCUCCUCCAAUCCUCAAAGUUGAUGCUAGACAAUACCCAGUAAGUGUUCAUUUCAAUCGUAGAACAAAGCAUGACUAUUUGGAAGAGGCAUUUAGGAAAACAUGUAAAAUUCACAAGAAGCUUCCACCAGGAGGAAUUUUGGUAUUUUUGACUGGUCAAAAUGAAAUUACUGCUUUGGUUAAGAAAUUGAGAGGAGAAUUCCCAAUGAAGAGUAAAAAGGUAUAUGAGGAUGAUAGUGUUUCAGUUAAGGUCAAUGCUAAAGACGUUGAUGUGGAAGCAGAAGAUAUCGAUUUCAGCGUUAAUGUCAAUGAUGAAGAAGAGCAAGAUGAUUAUGAUGAAGAAGAUGAAGAAGAUGAAGAGGAAGAAGGGUUUGAUGAAGUGAGAGAAGAGCACCAAACAGAUAAGGAUCCUUUGUAUGUUCUCCCAUUAUACUCUCUUUUACCAACUAAGGAACAAAUGAAGGUCUUCGACGCGCCACCAAAGGGAAGUCGUUUAUGUAUCAUUGCAACUAACGUUGCCGAAACUUCUUUGACCAUCCCAGGUGUACGUUAUGUUGUUGAUUGUGGUAGAUCUAAAGAAAGAAAGUUUAAUGAAGAGACUGGGGUACAAUCAUUUGAAAUUGAUUGGGUAUCGAAGGCUUCUGCCGAUCAACGGUCUGGUAGAGCUGGUAGAACUGGUCCUGGUCAUUGUUAUAGACUUUUCUCGUCUGCAGUGUACGAAAAUGAUUUCCAACAAUUUAGUAAGCCAGAAAUUUUGAGAAUGCCAGUGGAAAGUGUUAUUCUUAAUAUGAAGAGUAUUGGAAUUGAUCAAAUCAUGAACUUCCCAUUCCCUACUCAUCCUGAUCGGACAGCAUUGAAGAAGGCAGAAAGACUUUUGACAAUCUUGGGUGCUUUACACCAAGAAGAAAAGGUUAUUUCAGAUUUGGGAAGACAUAUGUCAUUAUUCCCCUUGAGUCCUAGAUUUGCGAAGAUUUUAAUUGUAGGUAAUCAACAAGGUUGUUUGCCAUAUGUCAUUGCCAUUGUUGCUGGAUUAUCAGUUGGUGAUCCAUUUAUCAAUGAACAUGAACUUGGUAUCGCAGAACAAAUCAAAAGACCAACUGAUGAUGAUGAAGAGGAGGAAGAUACCCCCAAGGAAACAUACCAAGAACUUGAAGCCAAGAAAAAAUUGAGAGGGAAAUUCCAUCAAUCAAGGGCAUUGUUUAGUAAAUUGGAUAAAUUUAGUGAUGUUUUACAACUACUUUCUGCAGUUUGCGCCUAUGAUCACGUACCAGUAUCAAAGAGAGAUGAAUUCUUGAAGAAUAAUUUCUUGAGACCAAAGGUUAUGGAAGAAAUUGCAAAAUUACGUAAACAACUUACUCAUAUUGUGAAGGUUAACACCAGUAAAGAUGGUGUUGCUGCAGUCGUCAACGAUAGCUCAUUGAAGGUACCUAUCCCAAACAAGACACAAGUGGCCGCAUUAAAACAGAUCAUUUCUUCAGGGUUCAUUGAUCAAGUUGCCAUUCGUGGGGAUUUAAUCUCUUCUGAUGUUCAAAUCACAAACAGAACAAGUAUCAUGAAUACCCCUUACGAAACUUUGUUCCCAUCAGCACAAUUUGGUGAUGAAGUUGAACCAUUUGUUUUCAUCCAUCCAAAUUCCAUUAUUAAUAGUUCUGGAAGUCUUCCUGCACCAUACCUUGUAUACCAAUCAUUGAAUUUGGGUAGUAACAGACAAGAAGGUAAGCUUUCCAAAUUGAGAAUUAAACCAUUGGUUGACAUUGGUGGGAAACCAUUGGCUAACAUAGCCAAGAACUCGCCGUUGAUCACAUACUCUAAGCCUUUAGGACACCCAUAUGCACCAAAGAACAUUACACCAACCAAGAGAGAAUGUUAUGUUGUACCAAGAUUUGGUGCGGCUAUUGGAGAUGGUGGAGUUGGAUGGGAUUUACCUGCCAUCAAGGUUAUUCAAGAAAAGAAAAAUGGACAAUGGGUCAUCUCCAAAUAA